AUCCUUUGGUCGCCUGCCCCUGCUGCCGGCCGGUCUUCGUCACAUGCUGCCAACCGCGGCCGAGAGGGGCUUUGCGGCGGCGGACGUGCCGCUCGUCACGGCCCAGUCUGGCGACUCGGCUCCUCCGCGGCGCUUCUCGUUCGCCAUCGUCCAGGCCAAGCUCUCGCGCUGCGCUACUCCCUUCGUCGCCGGCGCACAGGCGGCCGGACGCUGCAGCAGCCGCUGCUCGCUCAAGCGGCGAACCGCGUGCUGCCUCGUGCUGACGCCGGUCAUUUCCCUCGCGCUCGCGCUGACCCUCGCGCUCGCCGUCCUGCCGCUGUGUGUGCAGAUGUUUAUGGACGCGGCCACGAUCAGCCUGGUCAACUGCUCGCUCGGCCCGGCCGACGCGACGGGGAUCGACGUGGCCAUCGCCCUCCGGCUCGACAACGGCGGGCCCGUCGCCGCCACCAUCCGCGCCUUUGACGCGGUGCUGCACACCCAGGCCGACGGCGCCGAGGCUGGCGCCGAGAUCGGCAGGCUGAGCUUUCCGACGCUGCCGAUGGCGGCGUCGGCGCCAACUCUGCUCUCGACGACGUCGAGGCUGCGCGUCAGCUCGGCCGCCGCCUUCCGCGCCGCCACCGCGCCUCUGCUCCGCGGCGAGGCGAGCGAGUGGGUGGUGCGAGGCGAGGCGACGGUGCAGGUGCUGGGGCGGUCGGUGCGCGUGCGGCUGCGCAAGCGGCUGCGGAUGCCCGCCACACGGAUGGAGGAGAUGCGCGCGACGGAUGUGAGCAUCGAGCGCGGCGACAACGCCACGGGCGUGCUCACGGUCGCCUCUCGCGUCUCCUUCUUCUCGCGUUCGUCGCUCGAGCUCGUGCAGAUGGGCGCGCUGCGCGUGCACGCCUACUACGACGCGGGCGCAAACGACCCGGCCGUCCCCGCGGCAGAGCGGCGUGCGCGCGCCGGCCGCCUGAGCAGCAGCAGCGUGCGGGUGGGGACGGUGCUGCUGCCAAACUACGAGCUCCGCGCCGGCUACAACGAGCUCGAGGAGCAGAUCCACUUUGACCAGUCCCUCGGCGUAGAGGCGCGAGAGGCGAUCGGCCACUUCUUUGGCCGGUGGCUCUCGGGGUACGAGCAGACGCUGCUCUGCGUCGGCCCGGUGGGGAACGAAGCUGCCUUUCUAGACAACAUCUCCGUCACCACCACCGAGGUGCUCGGCGUGCCGACGCCGCUCUUCACGGGCGGGCUGAUGGCGGAGGAGCACACCGUGCGAGGCUGGGACGUCACGACGGGCGCCAGCUGCGACACCUUCCAGCAGCAGACCGGCAGGUGUGUCAAGGGCGCGGUGGUGUACGGCAAGGCGCCCGGCAGGCGCUCGCUCCUCUUCCGCGAUCUGGUCUACGACGCCUUCUUCGACGCGCCGUUUGAGUACUCAGCGACGAUGCGCGUGCAUGCCGGCCCGCUGCCCAUCAAGUUCGCCUCCUUCGCCUGCCGCCCCUCGGACAAGUUCGCGCGGCUCCGCUCGGUCCCCGGAAUGUGGGCCUUCGCGCCGGGCCACAACCACUCGUACAGCCCCGACCCGGCGGUCGCGCAGAGGCAGCGGCUAGCCGACUCGACCGUCGUCUUGGAGGGGAGGCCGACCGAGGGCGCCUUCUUCCUCGCCGCCGAGCCGCAACCGGGGCAGGCAAACGAGACGGACCCGUCCGGCAGGACGGGGCCAUGCGUGCUCGGCCUCAAGGACGUCGACCCCUUCGAUUGCUGCUUCACCACCCGCUUCACCGCCGCGGCGUGCUACUACCAGGCCCGCGGCGAGGACUCCAUCCCAAUCACGGCGAGCGGAAACGCCACGCUGGUGGUUGACGACUGGGAGCUGCCCGCGGCCAACUUUGGUGCGACCAUCGCUCGCGUGCCCAUCGGCUUCACCUCGGCCCUCACCGACUUCCGCGUCGGCAUCAACGGCGGCCCCCUUGGCCGCCAGUUCUUCCUCGAGUUUACGUGCGAGGACAUUGCCUUCCCGCCCGCCUGAGGCGGGAGGGGGCCUCCGCCGCCGCCGCGGCGGCGCGCGCAAUGUACAACAUGUGCAUGGCAAGCGGUUGCCUACUUCCUCGGGGGGUCACUACGAGUCUGUGUGUCUGUGGAAUAAUAUCGUGGGGCCUGUGGAAUAAUAAUCGUGCGUGGCCUCUCUCGCGCCGCGUCGCGAGUGGGGUCGUGUGGAGCACGUGGGUGGCUGGGUGCCGCGAAGGCGGGGGCAGCGCUUCUCUCGCGCGGGCCGCGGCGGUGUGCCGGUGUGGCGGCCGCGGUGAGGGGGGCUGCUCCACACUGCUCUGUCGUCUGUGCGCGCCACAUCCGCGCACAUCUAUCUCUCAGUCUCUCGCCUGCAGUCUCUCGCUCUCUCGCUCUCUCUCUAUCUCUCGCUCUCGCUCUCGCUCUCUCUCUCUCUCCAGACUCCACUCUCUCCGCUCUGACGGCGCCCUGUGCGUCUCUAGAGCUCUGCGCUUGAGGAGAAGAGGAUGAGCUGUGCGAUG